AGAGACCCACAAUGUAGCAAUGGCACCUGGCGCAACUCUCAACUCUCACAAUAUCUCUCACAUACGUGAUGCUGCUCUGUCUAGGUACUCUGGAUGGGCUCAACUCUCGUGUGUUUGGCAGAUGGCUGUUGACAGACGGAGACCAGAGUGUUAUAGCCUCACAGGCCAUCACCAACCUAGAGACCCACAAUGUAGCAAUGGCACCUGGUGCAACUCUCAACUCUCACAAUAUCUCUCACCUCCUCACAGAUGCUGUGUUGCUCUCUGAGAACACAACUUUUGACAAAGUUGUAUUUGGUGGUCCAGUGAGCACCUCGGAGGUACAGAUUGGUGGCAGGAUGAGUCAUCUCCAGGUACCAGCUGAUAUAGUUAUGACUGACUCAGCUGCUGAUCAGCUGAUUACUGGCCACAAGACGGUGCAUGGCAGUGUGUCAUUGGCUGGAGAUCUACUCACCAUUGGUCUUGUGUCAGAUGUCAAUGUUACAGCUUUCUGCCUUGCUCUCCUCUCUAACCAGUCUAAACUGAUCAUUUCAGGAAGUGGAAAGUUCCAUCAAGAGCCUGAGGUUUUAACGUCUGUUGAUGGUUUUGAUUGGCCUGAUAUAAUGGAUAAUGUUUGGUUCAAAGAUGAUAAUGUAACUGACCUCCAAGAAGUUUCCAUGGAUGAGGUUGAAAUCAGAAACCUAACUGUGGUGGAUAUAAAUAAUAACAAUGUAGAAGAACAACUAUCAAGACUAGUAAGUCUGAGUGCAGAUCAAGUUAUAAAUGGAACUUUCUACUUCCCGAGUGUCCGAGCUGAGAAAGGACUGAAAGCAGACAAAGCUACAGUGGGAGGAAAUAUUGAAGGAAUACAGCUGCCUGCGUUUACUGAAAAUGUUUUGUUGAAUGGAAUAGAUCAGAAAAUUGGUGGUUAUCUUGAUUUCAACAAACUUGUAAUCAAACAUAACUUAAACAACUCGAUGUUUGUGAACGGACUGAACAUGACGUCAGACCUGAUGCUAGCCAAUGUAGAGUCCAACACAAUGUCUGCAGAGCUGACCCUGGACCAGCUGAUCACCAGACAACUGAGGCUACCAGCUGGAGCUCCACUGGCUGGAGUGGACGUCCUCUCCUGGAGUAGAUCUGCUAUCACCAAGUCUGGCAUCAAACACGUCAUCUCCGGCGACAUCACUGUCACCGGCCAACUAGACUCUGGCCACGGAGUCAGAGUUAAAGGCUUAGUAAACGGCUUACCUUUUGAUGACAAAAAUCUUAUGACAUUGAAUGGAGCUCAAGAGACUAAAGGGAAGAAGAGAUUUUCUUCUGAGACACGUCUAACCAUCCAUAAUCUGACAGUAGAGGGAUCAUUUAAUAAUCUGAAUUUUACAGCCUUUUGUGAUGAGCAGGUGACAGCCAGAGGUGAUGUGAGAAUGUCAGGUCCCAAGCAGUUUACAGCUCCUGUGGUGUCACAGAGGGUGGUUCUGCCUCAGAUAUACCACGGUCACAAUCUUACUUGGCUAGAAUACCAACUAUCUGCUCCACUCCCAUGGUCCUCUUACCAACGGCAGCUUGACAGUAUUAUGCAAUCUCAGCAACUAGCUUCACAAUGCCUCGCUGGCAAAGCAUAUUACCUGAAGAACUUGACUAGAGCAAGGGAUGUUGACGGAGAUGUGCUGUUUACGCUGCCUCUCAGGAGUGGCAACACAACUGUUCUGGGUGUUGUGAGGAAAGACACAACAUCGACAUCAGAGCCACAAUUCACACUAUCUCUGCUGCACUGGAGUGACAAGCAGAACACGUUCACUCAGACACCCGGUGGUGUGAACUAUUUGCUGAGGACAGCUCCAUCCCAAGUACAGAUGGUCACUUUGCCAGGAGGUGAUCUUGCUGCGUAUGUCACCAGCUACUUGCCUUACAACCUCACCUCUCCAGUGAGACAUGGAGAUCUUUUGAGAUUGAAGGAAGGAAAACUGACUGCAAUGUCCAUAUAUGGGGGUCAGCCAGGAUCUAAUAUCUACCCACUCUUGGACUAUAAACAUAGAACUUGCUUUAUUGUGAUAUCAGAUGGAUGCAAAGUCCAUUGCUAUAGAGAAGGCCGGCCACCUGUUAGACUACCCAAGUUUCACUGCAGGAAUAUUACUAAGGCCACAACAUUCAGGACAGACAGAGGUCAGUACGUGCUGGGUGUCCAGACCCAACCUCAAGGUUCACUGUUCCUGUGGCGGAUGUCAGGCCUGAGAUUUACUCUGGUGUAG